UACCUGCUUCCAUCUCCAUCUUCUUCAAUCUCUCACCAUUUCCUUCCAAACAGUAACUACUACAAUGGCCCUCAAGUUGCACGGACUCGUUGGUUCAAACGCAACCUUUCGAUCUAUGGUUGCUCUCAUCGAAAAGGAUCUCGACUUCGAAUUCGUUCCCGUCGACUUUGCCAGCCGUGAACACAAAACUCCUCAGUUCCUUGCUCGCAACCCAUUCGGUCAAGUUCCAGCGUUUGAAGAUGGCGAUCUCAAAUUAUUCGAAUCAAGAGCGAUUACCAAGUACGUAGCAGAGGUUUACGCCAAUAAAGGAACGAAUCUGACAUUUAGCGAUCCAAAGAAGUUGGCGAUACAAACGGUGUGGAUGGAAGUCGAAGGUCAGAAGUUCGAUCCGGCAUCGGCGAAGCUGGUUUGGGAGCUAGCCUUGAAGCCGAUAUUUGGUCAAAAAACCGACGACGCCGUGGUGGCGGAGUUCGAAGGAAAGCUGGCUCAGGUGCUCGAUGUAUAUGAAAACAGGCUGACGGAGAGCAAGUAUUUGGGCGGAGAUAUCUUCACGCUGGCGGAUCUCCACCACCUUCCGAACAUACAUUACUUGAUGGGAACGAAGGUGAAGAGUUUGUUUCACGCGCGGCCGCAUGUCGGCGCGUGGUGUGAUGAUAUCCUUUCGAGGCCUGCUUGGUUGAAAGUUGUUGACCUGCUUCCCAAGUGAUAAAGGGUUGAUUCCAAUGGCUUUAUGAAUUGUACGUUGUGCUUUGAUUGUUGUACUUUUUGCUUGUUUUAGUAAGUCAAUGGGUGUUAUUGAGCAGCUAUCGCUGUUCAACUGCAAUUUUAUUUGAUGAAUAAUUUAUAUCGUUUUCACUGGAUUUUUUA